CCCGUUGCCGUUGGUGACUUUCUUCCAUGAUGGCGGAGCGGCUGGCCGUGCGGAUGGACCGUCUCUCCCACUCCGACGCUUGUUUCGUCUCUUGAGGGAGGGCGUCUCAUUUUUAUUAUUAUUUUUUUUUAAACCAGUUAACAGACGUCCCCCCCUCGGUUCCCGUUCAACAAACUCGUGUUUGUCGGCGAAGUCAUGGCGGAGCGCGGCGUGGAUGUGUCCGCCCUGCCAAGAGAGGUUCGAGACCAGUUGGCGGAGUUGGACCUGGAGCUGUCUGAAGGUGACAUCACGCAGAAGGGCUAUGAGAAAAAGAAAGCCAAGCUGCUGGCCUCCUUCAUCCCCCAUUUGCCAAAUGUGGACCUGUCUCUGCCAGAUGUCCAGCUUUCCCCUGGCCACAGUGCCGACCCCAGCCCGAGUCCAGAGGCCCCGGGCCCCUCCACGUCUUCAGCCUCCAGACACCACCGUGCACAUCGCAGUGGAGGGGCCAGGGAUGACCGCUACAGAUCAGAUAUCCACACAGAGGCUGUGCAGGCAGCACUGGCGAAGCACAAAGAAGAGAAGAUGGCGUUGCCCAUGCCGACCAAGAGACGCUCAGCCUUUGUCCAGUCUCCCAUAGAUACCUGCACACCACCAGACACAUCUUCUGCAUCAGAGGAUGAGGGCUCAUUGCGCAGGAAGGCAGCUUUCAGUGCAGUAUUGGCACAGAGCCUGCAGAGCCCCGACUACUGGAUCAACCGUUCCGUCCAAAGCUCCUCCACGUCCUCAUCCGCUUCCUCCACCCUCUCCCAUGGAGAGCCCAAGACCCAACCACAGCCCCAGCUUCAACCUGCAGCUUCACUGUUGGCCGACGUACUGGCCCACACGCGCAUCGAAAACAGUGUUCCUCCCGAUGUGACAUCCUCCACUCCCCAGGACAGAGGGUCCAGGGUUGACCUGCCUCCGGCCGUCAGGGGCAUGAGCCGUGGACAGAGCCGCUGCAGCAUGCUGGAUACUGCUGACGGAAAAAGAAAAGGUGUGCCUGUCAACAGCAGGGUGUCCACUAAGAUCCAGCAGCUGUUGAACACACUCAAACGACCCAAAAGACCCCCACUCAGUGAAUUCUUCCUUGAUGAUGCUGAGGAAAUUGUAGAAGUUCCCCAGCCGGAUCCCAACACCCCAAAGCCUGAGGGACGUCAAAUCAUCCCCGUAAAGGGGGAGCCCCUUGGAGUGGUCAGCAACUGGCCUCCUGCCCUGCAGGCUGCUCUGGCCCGCUGGGGGGCUACCCAGGCUAAGAGUCCUGCCCUCACUGCUCUGGAUAUCACUGGCAAACCCCUCUACACACUCACAUAUGGCAAACUAUGGAGUCGCAGUCUGAAGCUGGCCUAUACACUGCUGAAUAAACUGGGCACCAAGACUGAGCCUGUCCUGCAACCUGGCGAUCGGGUGGCGCUGGUGUAUCCCAACAGUGACCCUGGCAUGUUCUGGGUGGCUUUCUAUGGCUGCCUUUUAGCUGAGGUCAUCCCUGUGCCCAUUGAGGUGCCACUGUCACGACAGGAUGCUGGCAGCCAGCAGAUCGGCUUCCUGUUGGGCAGCUGUGGUGUGAGUCUGGCGCUGACUAGUGAGGUGUGUCUCAAAGGGCUGCCCAAGACGCCAAAUGGAGAGAUCAUCCAGUUCAAAGGAUGGCCACGGAUGAAAUGGGUAGUGACAGACACCAAGUACCUGACAAAACCAUCCAAAGACUGGCAGCCUCACAUUCCUACCGCCAACACAGACACCGCCUACAUAGAGUACAAAGCGAGUAAGGAAGGAACCGUGAUGGGAGUGGCUGUGUCCAAGAUCUCCUUACUGACCCACUGUCAAGCCCUGACCCAGGCCUGUAACUACUGUGAAGGGGAGACACUGGUCAAUGUGUUGGACUGCAAGAAGGAUAUGGGCAUGUGGCAUGGGGUCUUAACGAGUGUCAUGAACAGAAUCCACACCAUCACUGUGCCGUACGCUGUCAUGAAAGCCUGUCCUAUGUCCUGGGUGCAGAGGGUCCACAUUCACAAAGCACGUGUGGCCUUGGUGAAGUGCCGUGACCUCCACUGGGCCAUGAUGGCCCACAAGGACCAGAGAGACACCAACUUGUCCUCAAUACGAAUGCUUAUUGUGGCUGAUGGAGCAAACCCAUGGUCUGUGUCAUCGUGUGAUGCCUUCCUGAAUGUGUUCCAGUCUCACGGCCUGAAGCCUGAGGUCAUUUGUCCAUGUGCCACCUCUCCGGAGGCCUUGACCGUGGCCAUACGCAGGCCUGGUGCUCGAGGAGCUCCACUGCCAGCCAGGGCCAUCCUGUCCAUGGGCGGGCUGAGCCACGGCGUGAUCAGGGUGAACACAGAGGACAAAAACUCUGCUCUCACCGUUCAGGAUGUGGGCCACAUUAUGCCUGGAGCCCUGAUGUGCAUUGUGAAACCGGACGGGCCUCCACAGCUGUGCAAGACGGAUGAAAUAGGAGAGAUUGUGAUCAACUCUCGGGCUGGAGGCACAAUGUACUAUGGCCUGCUCGGUGUCACCAAGAACACAUUUGAGGUUAUCCCUGUCAACCAAGCUGGAGCACCCAUUGGAGAAAUUCCCUUUUCGCGGACUGGUCUGCUGGGAUUUGUAGGACCGGGCAGUCUGGUGUUUGUCGUGGGGAAGAUUGAGGGGCUGCUGAUGGUGAGCGGGCGGCGCCACAACGCAGACGACCUGGUGGCCACCGCGCUCGCAGUGGAGCCUGUCAAAACAGUUUACAGGGGGAGAAUCGCUGUAUUCUCAGUCACCGUGUUUUAUGAUGAGAGGAUCGUGAUUGUGGCAGAGCAGAGGCCCGAUGCCAGUGAGGAGGACAGCUUCCAGUGGAUGAGUCGAGUACUGCAGGCUAUCGACAGUAUCCACCAGGUUGGCCUGUACUGCCUCGCUCUCGUCCCAGCAAACACCCUCCCCAAGACGCCGCUUGGAGGCAUCCACAUCUGUGAAACCAAGCAAAACUUUUUGGAAGGAAACCUGCACCCCUGUAAUAUCCUCAUGUGCCCACACACCUGUGUUACUAAUCUGCCCAAACCACGGCAGAAACAGCCAGUGGAUGUCGGUCCGGCUUCUAUGCUGGUUGGCAACCUGGUCGCGGGGAAGCGGAUCGCUCAGGCCACAGGCAGAGAGCUGGGUGUGGUGGAGGACCAAGACCUGAUCCGAAAGCAUCAGUUCUUGUCUGAGGCUCUGCAAUGGAGAGCCCAAACCGACCCAGACCACAUCCUGUAUGUGCUUCUCAAUGCAAAGGGAGUGGCAGUGUGCACAGCAACUUGUGCUCAGCUCCACAAGAGAGCAGAAAAAAUCCAAGCCACCUUAAUGGAGAGAGGAGGCCUGAACACAGGAGACAACGUGGUGCUGCUUUAUCCUCCAGGUAUCGACCUGAUAGCUGCCUUCUAUGGCUGUCUUUAUGCUGGGGUCAUCCCUGUGACAGUGAGGCCGCCUCACCCGCAGAACCUGGCUGCUACUCUCCCCACUGUCCGCAUGAUCAUCGACGUGAGCAAAGCAGUCUGCAUCCUCACCACUCAGCCUCUCAUGAGGAUCCUCAGGUCCAGGGAGGCUGCUGCCAGCGUCAACAUCAAGACGUGGCCCACGAUCAUUGAUACAGAUGAUCUCCCCAGAAAGCGGCCCCCACACAUAUAUAAACCCCCCACAGCUGAGAUGCUGGCCUACCUGGACUUCAGUGUGUCCACCACCGGCAUGUUGACUGGAGUCAAGAUGUCUCAUGCUGCUGUCAGUACUCUGUGCCGCUCCAUUAAGCUGCAGUGUGAGCUCUACUCCUCACGCCAAAUAGCCAUCUGUCUGGACCCAUACUGUGGCCUGGGCUUCGUCCUAUGGUGCCUCUCCAGUGUUUACUCAGGUCACCAGUCCAUCCUUAUCCCUCCCCUGGAGCUGGAGAGCUCGCUGCCUCUGUGGCUGAGCACGCUCAGUCAGUACAAGAUCAGAGACACCUUCUGCUCCUACUCUGUCAUGGAGCUCUGCACCAAAGGCCUCGGCACCCAGACAGAGAUACUGAAGGCUCGGGGCUUGAAUCUGUCGUGUGUGCGGAGUUGUGUGGUGAUAGCAGAGGAGCGGCCUCGUCUGGUCCUCACACAGUCCUUCUCCAAGCUCUUCAAGGACCUUGGCCUGUCGCCACGCGCCGUCAGCACCGCUUUCGGCUCCAGGGUCAACUUGGCGAUCUGCCUGCAGGGCACUGCUGGACCAGACCCCUCCACCGUCUAUGUUGACAUGAAGUCUCUGCGUCACGACAGGGUGAGGCUGGUGGAGCGAGGAGCGCCACAGAGUAUUCCACUUAUGGAGUCCGGCACUAUCCUUCCGGGAGUGAGGGUCAUCAUAGUCAACCCAGAGACCAGAGGCCCUCUGGGAGAUUCACAUCUUGGGGAGAUCUGGGUGAACAGUCCUCAUUGCGCCAGCGGCUACUACACCAUCUAUGGGGAGGAGAGCCUGCAGGCGGAUCAUUUCAACACCAGACUCAGCUUUGGGGAGCCCCAGACUCUGUGGGCCAGGACGGGCUACCUGGGCUUCAUCAAGAGGACGGAGCUACUGGACGCAAGUGGAGAUCGUCAUGAUGCCUUGUUUGUGGUGGGCUCUCUCGAUGAAACGUUGGAGUUGAGGGGGUUGCGUUAUCACCCCAUCGACAUUGAGACGUCCGUGUCCCGAGCCCACCGCAGCAUCGCAGAGAGUGCUGUGUUUACGUGGACCAACCUGCUGGUGGUGGUGGCGGAGCUGAGCGGCUCUGAGCAGGAGGCCUUGGACCUGGUGCCCCUUGUCACAAACGUGGUGCUGGAGGAGCACCACCUCAUCGUCGGGGUGGUGGUCAUCGUGGACCCCGGGGUGAUCCCCAUCAACUCCAGAGGAGAGAAGCAGAGGAUGCACCUGCGGGACUCCUUCCUGGCAGACCAACUGGACCCCAUCUAUGUGGCCUACAACAUGUGAACACCGUUCACCAACCGAUGCAGAAAACUGAGCCAGGCUCUUGAGGACAGACAUGAGGGAGAACGAAUUGGGGUGCGUUCAGUAGCAACGCCAGAUGUUAAACGUCGAGUGCACGUUCAAAAGACCAAACAAUGUGGGAAUGAGAGAACAGUACCAGCACUGUAAUGAGAUCGUGCUUCCCUCUCAGAAACUGUUCCUACUUUGCUUCCAGUUGCUCGUUCGCUGCAGUCCAGGUUCAUUGAUAUUUUUUUCUCCUGCGAAAAGUAGACGCAUCUGUCAACUGCAGGAAAUUUGAUCUUCAACCCACUUCUCCCUCAUUGCUCAAAUUUUUUACAAGACAUUUUUAAUCACUUAAUUUCAUCAAAGUAAGUAAUUCGACCCUCCUUCCAUUCCUUGGUUUAUAGUCCUGAAGCAUUCGUCCCUGUGUGUUUAUUUUGUUUUACUUUUAAAGCCCCCUCCAUUCUUGAAGGCAGGAUGAUGCACUGGAACUGCUGAGAGGAGCUGGAACUUCCCCCCCUUGCACUUUUAAGUCCUCGCACCUCUGUUUCCACUUCCUGUCUCACCUGCCUCAAGAGGAGCCCCCCCCCCCCCCCCCCCGUGUCUGCUGCUGUUACAAGCGCAAAUCCACAUCAGUAUUAACCAGCCCAUGAGGCGAUCCUGACAUAUUGCCGACCUCCCACCUGGUGCACUGUGGCUUUUCACCUCCCAUCACACACUGCAUUCGUCAGCAGACAUGUUGUCGGCAUUCACUCAGAAAUGUCCUAAAAAAUACACUUGAAUCAUUUGUUGGUGUGGGAAAAGAGAGACACUUCAUAAAUGUACAAACCAGGAUAGUCAAGAUUCAACUGAUUCUUCAUUUUCAGUGUACGUAGGAGUCAGUCCAUUUGAUAGUUCUUAUGACUGAUCGUUUUAAUACAUAGAAGAAAAAAGGAAAUUGCAAAAGAAGAGUCACAUAGCAUAGCUGGUGUUUAGUUGCGCAUGCAAAAAAAAAUAGAAGGCCCAGGAUUCACAGCAGUAGAUUGGAUGGUUUAGUGCUGAAUAUUUAGACACAGCUUAGCCCCAUUCUGUGGCUGUCACUCAGCAUCUGUUUGUCCGAAAAAAUAAAUGCUACACCUUGAAGAUAUAUAUUUUUUUAACCCUUUUGCUGUUCAGAAGGUAUUUCCCCGCCCUUCAAAGACUCUUCGCCCUUUAUUCCACAGUGAAAAACAUUGUAAACCCUUUUCCAAAGCCACAGUUGGAUUGGGAAAUACAGUUGCAACACAUCUAUCAAGAUUCAGGAAAUAUCUUCAGAACUGUGGAAAAUGUUAACAAAUGACCUUUAAAAUAUAUAUAUAUAUAUAUAUAUAUAUAUAUAUACGUUUAUUUCUUUGGGAAAUUCAGGUGCUUAGCUCUGAGACUAAUGUAAUAUGAAAACAUGAGGUCAGGACUGUCAGAUCGAUCUCGACAGUUCAUUCUUUAUUACUAAGUGAACAAAGCCAACUCACACCAGUUCACCCAAAAGAAAAAAAUGAUUUAAAAGCUAAACUCAAGGUCAACUUACUUGCAUUUUCCAGGGCUUUGGACCGUAUCACCAUAUCAUUCCCAGUUAUUUAAAUGUCCUAAAACUGCUCAGAAUGAUGGUAGUUAUGAAAAAUAUCCCCAACUCAAUGACAACUGAUGAUGAAGUCUGUGUAGUUUCCCAUGAUUUCAACGCAAAGAACAUGUUUCAUUUAAUGUCAUCGCCACGGUCGAUAAGUCAAACGUGGAUCAUCAAAAGGCAGGUCAGUGCCUUUUUUACUGCACCAUUGUGACAUUAACGAUAUAGACAGAUGAAUUUCUAAAGAUAAUAGAUAUCAAGAACGAGGACGUACCUCUGCCUUACUAAACCUGUGGAACUUCAGUACUUUUUAUAUUAAAUCUCUUAUUUCAGGCUAUCAUAUUAGUUCACACACUCACAUGGAGGUGCGCGAGGGGGUGUCUUGUUCUUUUUUUAAGUCUGGGUCAUGCCUUUCUCAUUUCACCAUGUAAACCAAUUCUUUCUGAAUGUCUGUAACACUGAGAAAAAAAAAGUUAAAUUAAGAAUGAACAGCAAUCAGUUAGCAAACUCGUGAUUUAAAAUGGCAGAAUGCUCCUUUAAAAAAAGGGAGGCAAUCAAUGAGGGUAAGGAUGUUGUGUGUAUACUGUAUCUUAGAGGUCAAAUACUGUAUUACUGAUGUUAAUGUGUACAUGGAAAUGAACUUUGUCGAUUUGAACAAAAACUUGACUGAUCUUUCUUACUUGACUGCAUUGUUAAUUUAAUGUCAUCACAUUACAAAGGAGACGGAAAAAAAGGUUUCAGAUCAUUUUGGCAAAACAAUGUGCACUUUCCCAAUAUCAUUUUGUGUGUUCUUAUGUUUCUGUGUGUGUGUGUACAAGAGGGAGAGUGUGUGUGUCCAGUUUAACAGUGACAUUUAGCUUUUCUGGUGCAACAAGGUUUUGUCUUUUGUAAGAAAAUGAUGCCAGAAUAUUAAACAAUUUUUAAAUUUAAUUCUUUUUUUAUGUCGCCUCCACUGUAUUUUUAGUUAUUUUCUUCCAAAAUUGGAAUUUUAAUAUAUUUUGUAGGGGUUUCAUCAAUAGUUUCAUGAUGUCAUCUUUCUUUAAAACUGCACAACUUCUGCAAACGGCUGGUUUGGUUUAGAAGCCGCUUGAAACCGUAGAGCACAUCGAUAAACCACUUUUCAUUCAGUGACCGACAGUGACAUGUGUGCGAACCAGUAUCUGGGACAAGUUCUACUCAUGAAUAACAAACUGAAGCUUCCGAGCUACUGUGUGAUAAUUGCUUUGUUGCUUCUGUUUCACUCCGACAAGUUUUAAUAAAGUUUUAUAAUUUAAUUUUGCCCUUCAAGCCUUUUCAAUAGACAUUGGUGCUAUUCAAUAAGGGAAAGUUUGACUGGCUUUUGUCCUCCAUUGUCAUGGCAAACAAGGUUUCCUCCUGGCUGCCCUUUUGUGUGAAAAGAAGUCAUUAUUUUUUCAUGCCAACAUCUUUUUUUUUUUCACUCAGUGCAAAUUUUUUUAUCACCUGCAGUUUUCAUCAGCUCUGGUGUCUGAUGAAAAGUCUUUCAACAGGCAACUCCACGAGGACAAUGCAAGUCAACGUUUUCUUUCCAUUUUGAAAUAUUUCCUUUUUCCAGUUGUCAUGUUGUGAGUGCCAUGACAUUUCAAACCUCCAAAGUUAUUCUAAGCACAAAAUGCAAAUGUACAUGUGAGGUAAUGAAAUUAGGAUCUUUCACACAAAAGCCACAAACUCAAGGGCCCACAAUGUAUACCUCAACGACUGUCUGUUCACUAUGCAUCGUCGAGCUGCAGCAAACUGAACUGGUUCACUUCUGAACUGGUCAAUGGUGCGAUAACAUGUAACAUGUCUUACUUGACAAAAACACUGUCACGCUGUCAUUGGAUGUGUUUCAUGUCAAUAAAAAUUAUGCUUUGUC